AUGACCUCGAUGGAGGGAGCCAGCAUUGACAAUGCCUCUGAAUUCACCCCCCUCCUCUCCAAUCGUCCCAAAGACGAGCGGAACCCGUCCAGGCUGCAGCGGCGCGUCACGCCUCUGCUCUGCGUCUUUGCAUUCAUCAUGAUGCUGGGCGAUAACCUCCAGCCCGCAGCACUAACACAAGUCAUAGAGCACGCGAUCUGCGGUGAUUACUACACGAUGCGGUCACCUCCCACCGGGGUCUCCGCGACGACAAUCGAUCCGUGCAAGGCGCAGGCAGUUCAGCAAGAGCUAGCGCUCGUCCGCGGCUACCAGCAACUGGUGCCGGUCUUCGCCGCACUGGUGUGCACGGUGCCGUACGGCCUCCUAGCAGAGCGCAUCGGUCGCAAGCGCGUGCUUGUCUUGAGCGGCGCGGGCGUCUGCGCCGCGCUGGCCUGGGUGCUGGCCGUGUGUUUCUGGCGGUUCGCGAGUCUGCGCUGGGUCUGGCUGUCCGGCGCCUUUCUCUUCGUUGGAGGCGGGGACGCCGUCACCUCCAGCCUCGUGCAUAUCAUGGUCACUGACGCGGCACCCCCCGCGGAGCGUGCCCAGAUCUUCCUGUUCCUCCAUGCGGCCGACGUGCUCGCGGGCUUUUGUGGGCCCGCUAUCAGCGCCGCGUUGAUGGAGAAGGGCCACGCCUGGACGGUUCUACUGCUGGCUGUGGCUGCGCUCUUUGCAGGCACCUUUCUGCUGACGCCGUUUAUUCCGGAAACUCUAGGCUUCAGGGCUGACUACGGCGGUCCCUCGUCCUCGUCCUCGCCCACACCCGCGAUCGCAUCAGAUCCGUCCUCAGAACCCCCCGCCAAAAUCACCACCUCCUCCCUCUGGGCCCGCAUCUCCCGGGCCCUCGCUCCCUCCCUUCGCGUACUCACCUCAAACCAACAAGCACUGCUCCUCCUCGGCAUCUUCGCCCCCCAAACUGCCGCCCGAGACCUCUUCACAAUGAUCGGCCUUCAAUACUCCCGCACAAAAUUCACCCUCCCCUACAGCCGCGGGAACGUGCUCCUCUCCCUCUUCCAAGGCACCCAGGGUCUCGUCGUCCUUUGCCUCCUCCCCCUUGUUACGCGGUACAUCGCCGACCCGCGCGGAUGGACGCCCUGGGCGCGCGACCGCCGCUACGCCAUCUCAUCCAUUGCACUGACGGCGUGCGGACUCCUGGCCAUUGCAGCGGCGCCGGGAUUAGCAGUUGAAGCUGCAGGUUUGCUGCUUGUGGCGUGCGGGAGCUGCACGACGGGCCUCUUGAUGAGCCUGCUUGGUGCGGCGGUGCAGCCGGCCCAGGUGAGUACCGUUUAUAGCGCGGCGCUUAUGCUGAGUAUUGUUGUUUCGAGCGUGGCGGGCCUAGUGGCGAAUGCGCUGCUUGUGGAGGGGUUUGGAAGAGGGGGGGUGUGGAUGGGGCUGCCGUUUGCUCUUGCGGCGGUGGUUAUGGCGGGUGUAGCGGGUGCGAGUGUGGGUAUUAGCAAGGAGAAGCCUGGGAUUUGUGAGGGUGGGGAUGGGGACGAGUGA